GUCGUUCGUCGGGAGAAAGUGUUGGUGGCUGGCGGCCGCCGCGCCGGGGGCCGGGGGCGACCGGCGCUCGGCGUCAGUCCGCGGGUGGCGGUCGACCGAGUGAGAGUGAGUGGGACGGCGCGGCGCGGGGAGCGACGGGCGAGACUGAACGGGACUGGUGCGUAGAGACGGGUUCCAGUCUGGGAACGAAUGAAAUUCGAUCGAGUGCAGACAACGAGUAAUUUUCCUAGCUGAACGAGACCGUUCUCGGGAGUGGAAGCGGGGGCCGUGGGGAUGUGGAUCGGGCUGUGAGACUGAACCCUGAAAGUGGACGUCACGUGGACAGGGCUCACCGCUUGGAUCAUCUGCCGACGUCGGCUCGCCACAGCGGCUUCUCCGUCCAGGUGCCGCGCCGGAGUCUGACCGACAGCCCGUGGGCCGACCUCGCCCCUGAGCGGCCGACGGACCACGGCGCAACGAUCAGAAACCGCCGGAAACGGACCGACAGAGGAUCAGACGGCGCCCUCACGGCGAUCAGACAGCGGCUAAGGGUGGUUACCAAGUGAGCGGACAAGUAGUCGCCACUGAGUGAGAUAACGAACAUCUACUGAACGCUCAGUGUCGGUUGUCAGCAAACGACCAGCGAACUCGCUGUGAUCGUUUAGUGAACGUUCAGCGGAAGGCAAGUGCGCGGUGAGCUGUGACAUGCGGUAGCGCAACUGGCACUGACCUCAUCUGGGUCGCCAUGGAGUCAGCACGGCUACCGCUACCACUGGUCUGGCUGGUCGCCGUGGCAGCAGUCUGCUCUUCACUAGUACAAGGGUACCCGUGCGGCUCGCCGGGCAAGCCGCUGCACGGCUCCGUGUCACCCCGCGGUCAGCUGUUCUACGCCGGAGAAAAUGUCACCAUCACAUGUCGGCCGGGCUACGUGCGGUUCGGCCAGCCCACACGGACCUGCUCCCAGGACGGCACCUGGCAGGGACUCAUGCCGUUCUGCAGGCGUAACGUGGCCUUCCGGAGUGUGACGCAGGGCGCGACGGUGCCGCCGUCGCCGCAGGGAGCGCCGUCGCUGCCCGAGUCGCCGUCAUCGCUGGCGGUGGACGGUAGCAUGGAGACGUGCAGCCGGGCGCCGCGCACCGCGCCCAGCCGCUGGUGGCAGGUCCGGCUGCCCAGCCGCACACGGGUCGAGUCGGUCGGCCUCGUGGUGCCGCAAGCCGUGCACCUGGACCUGAUGAUUUUCGUCAUCAGUCUGGACACACCGGACUCGCCGAAGGCCGAGUACCUGCGCUGCGCCAACUUCAGCGGCGGCCUGCCCGACUCGAAGCGGCUGUUCCGCUGCGGCGCCCAGGGCCUGGUCGGAGAGUACGUCUACAUCCGCGACGAACGCCAGCACCUCGACUACUUCACACUCUGCGAGGUGGAGGUGUUCGCCUUCAGAGACCUACAAAUCUGCGGCGAUCCAGAGACGCCGGCGCACGGUCACGUGACCCGACCAGACGCCGACACGGCCACCUAUGGGUGCGAGGCCGGCUACCGCCUGGCCGGUCACCGCCAGAGGCGCUGCAUUCGCGGCGAGUGGGCCGGCCAGCAGCCCGUCUGCCGCAAGAUAUUCUGCGAGCGGCCGCCGCCGCUGGAGAACGGUUACCUGGAGCAGGCGGCCGGCAGCCAGCCGCUUCACCAGUUUAACGAUACGGCCCAGUACCGGUGUCACGCCGGCUUCGUGAUGCAGGGCGGGCCGGGCCUGCGCACGUGCGCCAUCACCGGCCGAUGGAGCGGCGCCAUGCCGCGCUGUCAGCCUUUGGUGUGCCCUAUGCCGGAGCGGUAUGAAAACGCCCGGUAUGAGCUUCUAAAUGGCACCACCAGGUGGCAGGCCAUGGUGCAAUACGAGUGCUUGGAAGGGUUCGUUCUCAGUUCAGACUCUGACGAGCCCGUGACGCAGUGUGAGGAUGACGGCCGGUGGCGACCGGUGAACGUCACCUGCACGCCGCGGCCGCCGCCGCCGGUGCUUGGGCCCGGCCUGGUGGCCGCCGACGCCGACCUACAGUCCGGCGCGGGCCGCUCGGCGGAUAUCUCCGACAGCGGCCCGGCCACCGAGCAGCACGGCCAGCCCGUCACCCACGAGCACCACCAGGUCAUGAGCAGCGGCGUGAUGGCCGCCAUCUUGGUGGUGGCCACGGUGGCCAUAGUGGCCAUGAUCGUCGUGGGGAUUCUGUUCACCAGGAAACGGCCAGGAGCCUGCAGUGUUUGGAGGCGGGAGAAGCGGCCGGAGCCGACCGUCGCCGUGCUGCCGCCCACCGACAUCAAGACGUACGACCAGGUGUACGAGCCCAACUACCAGAACGUGCUGGGCGGCGCGCCGACCACCACGCUGUCGACGUUCCGCGCGCCGCCCACGUCCCAGCGCUCGUCGGGCGAGGCGGAGCGGCCGCUCGGCCGGCCCGUCGAGCCGCCCUACGAGACGCUCAAGGCACGCCUGGCUGCCGAGGCCGCCGCCGCCGCCGAGGACGACCCCUACGAGCCGGUGGCCGGCGGCCGGCUGUACGACGCCGUGUCGGCCGAGGGCGGCGGCGACUCGGGACCGUACGCGUCGCUCGCCAGCCGCGACCCCGACUACGAGACGCUGCGGGCGCUGCGCGGCGAGGAGGGCGACUACGACCUGGUGCCGGCCGGCGCCGCCGACUCCGGCUGCCCAGAGUACGACCAGGUGCCCGUCAACACGUACGAGAACUGCCGAUUCGUGGCCGGCACCGGCGCCCACGAGGUGCCCGACCUACUCAAGGGCGCACCACCCAGCCGCGACCACGACAUCCCGCCGGAGAUUCUCGCACUGUACGCCAAGGUGAUCAAGUCCAAGAAGAGGAACCGUGACGAGACGACCGAGCCGCCGGUGCCGACUCCGGCUCCGGACUCGGCGUGCCCCUCGUCCCCCGGCUCCAGCGCCGCCUCCUCCUACACCAAGAACCUGAUACAGAAGUUCAACCGACUGGCGGGCGCCGAUGAGCUGGAGUCGCCGACACGGCCGGCGGCCGCAGAGGACAGGGUCCAGUGUUCAUUGCCUGGCGUGGCCGACACGGGUGUUCACAGACUGAGUGUGGAGUCGGCCGGCUUUACCGCCGUCCGACCGCUGCCGCCCGUGCCUCCGGAACGCUAGCCCGCGGACGCCACAGGGCGACGGUGGCGCCCCUAUAGUCAGUGACGGCUGUGUACCCGGCGGCCAACGAGCGCCCCAGCCAGCGGGGCGACCACGGCGGAAUGGUCCGGCCUCUCAGGGCCCCGUGUGAGUGCGUUCGUGACUCGCUCAGGCGGCUAGCCAUCGAGAGACAUUCGCCACCCGGUUAACGAGCCCCUCGCAAUGUGGCAAUGACCCGCGUGACCGGUUCAGUGCAGGGGGAAUUUGACAGUGUUUGUAUCGUGUGUUCAGUAUUGCGUUAUUGUCUGUGGGAAGUUGGAACCGAAGCCAUUUCCAGGGUAAACGUGGCACCCGGUCCCAUCAAAUGUGUAUCGUGUGAGCAAUUCGUAUGCGCGUGUGCUAGGGUAGUUAGCUGAUGUGAAUGGCAAUACAAGGUGUAUUCUUA